UUAAACCUAGUAAACACAGCAGAGCAGCUUCUGUUUGUCCGCACCACUGGGUCAAAACGGGAAAACGCGAGAUGUGUAACGUGAAAUGUGCAGCGUAAUCCCGAACUGGAUUUCACGGUUGUUGUUCUCGUCCUUCCUGUUGGGGAGGCAUUAGCAUACGGGACGGAGGCUCGCAGGUUCUAUGCUCCAACUAAGGACAUCUGCAGAAGAAAAAAGCAGCUGUGAAAUCUCCCAGCUCAGACAAGCAGUGCUACAAAACAAUGACAGACUCGUCGAUGAGAUGCUCUGCCAAGAAGUCUACAGGAAAGUCAUCAACUGCAGAGGUGGCUGGGGCAUCGCGGGCACGCCUCUGCAUGCCGCCGUGUCCAAAGGCCACCUCAGCUGUCUGCAGGUCCUGCUAGGCCACGGCGCCCUGGUGGACUGCGUGGAUGUCAAGGCUCAGACCCCUCUCUUCGCUGCCGUCCGGGGGAAAUAUCUGGACUGUGUCUUAGCGCUCCUCGGAGCCGGAGCCAACCCCAACGGGAACGCGUCCAACAACUGCUCCCCCGUCCUCACUGCGGCCCGGGAGGGCGACGUGGAGAUACUGCACGAACUGCUGAGACGCGGCGCGGAGGUGAACUCCCGCUCCAAGGUCCUGCUCUGGACGUCCAGCGCCAGGGUGUCCAGCGGGCCGCUGUACCUGGCCGCCGUUUACGGACACAUGGAGUGUUUCAGACUGCUGCUGCUCUACGGGGCGGACCCGGAUUACAACUGCACCGACGAGAGGCUGCUGAGCUCCAUCAAGCAGCCCAAAACGGUGCUAGAGAUGUGCCUGAGGCACGGCUGUGGGGUGGAGUACAUCCAGCUCCUGAUCGACUUCGGUGCAAACGUCUACCUCCCUACUCUGAUCAUCGAGAAGUCCACGAAGCAGAACGAGGCUGUGGAGCUGCUUCUGGAGGAGAGAGGAAAUCCAAAGGCCUUGACUUCACAGUGCCGACUCGCCGUCCGAGGAUACCUCAAAAAGAUCAACAAGAUCCACUGUAUCGACCAGCUGGACAUGCCAACAAGUCUCAUUAACUUCUUGCAACACAAGCCGGUCCCAGUCACUGUUCUGUAGCCCAGUGAGCUGGAGGCACGCAAUGUAAAUUCAUUUUUAUUUAACUCUGUGAACCACCUUUGUUUUAGAUUCUGUCUUAUCAUGUGCUGGUCUUUUAAGACAUAACAUUAAAUGUGUGGGGAUAAGUGGUGU